UAUUAACUUAAUAAUUUAUAACUAAAUAUGGUCUGGAAUAAAAUAACAUUUUAUUCAUAAUAAUUUGUUUCCAUUUUGUUUGAUGUUGUGUUAUACGCGAAUUGAAUUACCGGAAUUCACUCCGAAGAGAGCGCGAGUGAGAGCUGCGUGAGUGAUUAGUCUUCUCAGCGCUCGGACUCGAUACGGCCCUGAGCGCGCGAUUGCGAGAGCGAUUUGAUGCGAGAUCGCGAGCGACGAAGGUAGCGUAAACCUUUGUAUACUGAGAGGAGUGGGAAGCGGGAGAAACGAAUUAAGGUGAACAGAAUGAUCACUCCGUUGAAUUAACUUUUGCAAUUCACUCGUCUUUAAUUGUAAAAUUGUUUCUCAGAUUUCUAUAUUUAAUUUAGCGGGCGCAUAAGUUCAAGAAGCGCGUGUCGAUAACGAGCGCAUACACGCGCACCUUCUCACUCCCGAUACUUCCCGAAUUUGUCGUCGCUCGGUUCCGGCUGUUGUGUAUUACUCGCGUCGCUACUCGAAUCUGAGGCUGCGGAUCUCUCGCAGAGAGCGCGAACCUUCCAGGGGGCCUAUUCUUGAAUCUGUACGCAACUAUACGUAUACGCACGUUGCGAACGGUGGAAAAGCGUAUACGCUUCUCAUGUCGUAUUCUUGAGUAUUGUUUUGUAGUACUCGCAAUUGGAAACGUAUACUCUUUCUGUUGCACUGAUUUACAUUUGGCAACGUCGCGAAAAUAUAUGAUCCUUUCAACAAAUAUGGUUUAGAGAUACGACGUGUAUGAAAAGAUAGUACAAUAACGAGAAAGAAGAAGGAACUUGCAAGGAAAAACAUGGAUAACUUACAAAGAAAAAAGAGAGGUGCAAACAUUACAAACGAGCAGAAAACUCUCUUAAUAGAAUAUAUGAAUAAACAUCCUGAAUUAGUAAAAGGAAAAUUAACAUCUUCGUUUACUUUAAAAGAUUCUGUACGUUUAUGGAACGAAAUAAGUGAAAUUUUAAAUUCAGCUAAUGGAGCAAAGAAAGACUGGAAAGAUUGGCGUAAAUGCUGGCAUGAUAUUCAAUCAAGGAGCAAAAAAAAGUAUAGUAUUAUAAAGCAAUCCAGAGCAGCAACAGGAGGUGGUGAACAAAAUACAGAAGUUUUAACAGAACAUGAAGAGCAGGUCCUUAAUACAAUGUAUUCCACUAGUAUUGAGGGACAUCCUGAUAUUGAAGAAUCCAUUAUAAAUAUAUUGAGUGAUACAGAAGAUGAUGCGAUGCAAGUGGAAUAUUUAGAAGAAUAUGAAGAUGUCUUAAAUUUUACUGAAAAGAAACAGGAUAAAAUUGAAAUUCAAAAGAAACAGAUUGCUACCUGUACACAUUCUGAUAAUAACCGCAAUAUGUUAUUUCUUCAAAAAAAUAAAGCAACUAUAAACAGUAAUAAAUUAUCAAACAACAAAGAAAAUAUUAAUAAAAACAAUAAUGUAGAAAAACAGCCUUCCUUCGAAAUAUCCAAAGCUCUUGGAAAGUCAAUGAAUACGAGUUCUUGUGAACAAAACAAAACUACAACUGAAAAGAAAAGAAUGACCAAGAGAGAAUUACUAAAUACUGUUGAAGUAUCGACAAAUUUAAACAGUAUUUAUGAACAAACAUAUGAAUUAAAAAAACAGUAUUAUGAAGCAAGGUUAGAAUAUUUAAAAAGAUCAGUAGAGACACAAGAAAAAAUGGCUACUAUCCUUGAAAAAUGCAACGAAAAUCUGAUAAAUAUUACAGAUAAGUGUAAUAUGUCUUAAGAGGAUAUAUAUUAUUGUAUUUUGUUAUCUGUGUUAUAUAUAAUGGCCUUUCUACAAUAAGCUAUUAGUUGGUAUCACAAGUCAUAAGCUGUAAGAAUUGACCAAUCACAGACGAAUAUGAAGAGAAUAUUCGACUGUGAUUGAUCAAUUCUUACAGCUUAUGACUUGUAAUACCAAUUAAUUGCUUAUUGUAGAAAGGCCAUAAUACUUAUAAAAAGAUACUGUGAUAAUUAUAUCUAAGUACAUACAAUUAU